GUUCUAUUGCCGCAAAAAGCCAUUAAAGCUGAAAUAAAAAAAUAAAUCAGCCAUUACAGCCCUUAAAGUUCUCACCGCUGAUUAGUGUUAAAGUUCGAUAAGUAAAACAAAUGUUAGUAAAAAAACAGUACCAACCAGAAACAAAAAAAUCUAGCAAACUUAUAGAUAAUGAAACAAACCUGCAGAAGAUUUAUGUUUUACGCGACAAAAUAUUCAGUCAGCUAAUAUAAACCAAAAAAGGACUUAGCUCCAACGAAAAAUUAGAAUUAGAAAAUUAAAAAAAAAAUUAAACUUCAAAAAAUCAACAAAAAGCAAAAGAAAUAAAACUAAAAACAAUUUUCAAGCACAAUAGCAAACAAACGUAAGGAAACCCCAUAGCAAUUUACGCAAAACCAACAACAAAUCUGUACAACCUAGAGUGUUGUUUGGAAUAUUUUAAUUCUCCCGCACACUAGGUCAGCGCUACACGCCAGUCAUUGUAGUGAAAAAUUGCAAGUUAAGCUUUAAAAGUGUGGAGAAUCACAAAAACUAUUAGAAUCAGCAGCCAACAGAAAGAACAAAAGCCAGUAAAAUUUUCUCUGUGUGUAGUAGCCAACAACCCAAAGCAAACCAAAUUUAAUCAAACACAAAUAAAAAAACAAAUCCGCUAAAAUAAACAAACUAACCACAUAUCCGAAAAAAUCCAAACAAAAAAUCUAUACCAAACCCCUAACUGUAUUUUUGUUUAUGUGUGUGUUGUAUGUGAACAAAAACUUGGUAUAAGAAAGUACAAAAAAAAACACAAAACAAACCAAAACACAGAUACCCAGCAUUUGUGUUAAGCCUUUGCCCAACUGCAGCAUUCUUUAUCAGCUCUAAACAACAACGACAACAAACGGCGCCACCACAGCCUUCGAAAACGGUUAACUUGAAAAGCCACACAGUCGGCCUUCUACUAUUUGGCACUGCUAGGCGCGCUUUUCAUUUUCCUUUGCUUUCUUUUUAACCGCUUGUCGUUUGUAAAUUAAACAAAAAAAAGUAUUAUAACCACUAAAAUUAGUCCGCGUUGCCAACCAACGUUGCUGACGCUGUCGCCAUCAUCGUCCGCAUCGCCGUCGUCACCGCUGUCACCACAACUAUGCGCCAUGUCAAAACUGCGGCAUUACAGGUCCAUAGAUCAGCCGUGCGCUGCGACCAACAUACGCAAAAAGACUAUGACAGCGAUUUGUUUUGUAUGCAAUUUGCCGAUUUUGUCACAUCAGGUGGGCUUAGUGUGGCAGGGUGGCAAUGGCUGGGACGAUUUGGUCAGAGAGCAGCUGGAGGAGUCGACGAUACGCCAACGCUUAGGUGGUCGCCGCGAUUCGGCUGCACAGAUAACCACACCCCCUAGUACAUCACCGCCACCAGGCCUCCAACGCCGUCGUCGCAGCUCACUCGCACAACUCACCGACAUCCUGCGCGAAUGGAGCGGCGGUGGCGCUGCCAAGCAGCAAACCCAAAGCCAACGUCAAAAGGCGCAACUCAAUCGGCGCGAAACCCUAGCUGACCUUGCGCGCAGCUUGCCAUGGCGCACCUCUACCACCGACGCUUCGACCGGCGCUGGUUCGGGCACCACCUACAUUACGCCACGAAAGCGUCGGGAAUCAAGCGCCGAUUCGGGUAUACGUAGCAUGCGCUCGCGCCGUGACUCCAAUACAGCAGAGUUUGUGAAGCACUGGAAUCGUCGUGAGAGCACCGCCGCUGAUGAGCCCACCAUGGUGGUGCCAGUUGUGGUGGAGGGUGCUGGGCGUAGUAGCUCGCGUCGCGGUUCGGGAGAAAGCUACAUCUCGAGCCGUCGCGACAGCAACAUUGGCCGUGCUACCACACCACCUCCGCCACCCAAGAUCAGCGGCAUGGCCGCCAAGAAACGUGAUUCAUUAGCCGCACCCGAUUUCCCCAACUUCCGACAAGAGCAACGUCCUUCCACCAGUUCUGGCGGCUCAGACUCAGUACCGCUAAUCUCUGCCCCCGCCUAUAAUCAGGUUGACUCCGCAUGCCAAGCGCUACCACCGCCCACCAUCAUCACCAGCUCGGUGACACCGCCAGCGACGAGUCCCACCGCACCACUGAAAGGACGACGCGAUUCCACGACACAAUGCGGCCGCGUGAAUCGACGCGAUUCCAAGGCAGGAAUUUCGCCUGAGCGCGCACCACGCCUACAACGUUUGCAACGUCAGGCUACUGCAUUCGAUGAGAGCUGCUUGCCAGGCGGCAGUCGACGUGGCUCCCAGCCGGCACUGAGCCCUGAUCCGCCGGAGGACUGCGAGCGACGCACGUCGCGCCGUGAUUCGCUUAGUCCCGAUAGCGCAUCACGUGGCGGACGACGUGACUCUCGCGCGCAUCUCUCGCCCGACCGCAGUCACGAUCGUGAUGGCAGUCCACGGCGGCAGACACUGCGUCGGCAGAGCUCGUCGGCUGCACGCAGCUCACGUUCGCCUGACUCGAACAGCUGUUGCUCGUCGCGUGAUCCAAGUCCAUGUUCACGGCCACCACCGUUGCCAUCGGCAGAGCCCAGCUCGCGGCCUGCUAUACGUCGACAAUCUACAACCGAGGAGAUCUUAAUAGCACGCGGCUUUCGACGACAAUCCACCACUGAGGAGAUGAUACGUUGCAGGAAUUUUCGGCGACAAAGCUCGCAGAGCGACGAUGUGUGUCGUUAUCGCGGUCGACGUGACUCGAGCGCACAAAUUAUUGACGGCACCAUCGGCACCAUGACAGUAGAAACGACCAGCACAUUCUUCGAUUCGAGUACACAAACCGAACCCUCGCCACUGUACGAUAACAAUCACUAUCACGAGGAAUGCCUGCGUUGCAAUUCGUGCGGUUUAAAUUUGACGGGUCCAAAUCAGAAGCGCGCCAGGCGAUUCAAGAACCAAAUUCUCUGCGACCUGCACUUCGCAGACGUUGCCCUAAUGGAGUGCUCCGAUUUUAUGCAACAGCUGCGAAGCUUCAAGCCACAAUCACUGGGUUGCGCCGUUGCGAGACGAAAAAGUUCAACAACAUUAAUUUUUCCGUUGCCGCCGCAAGCAUGUUCAGAUGAAUUUUGCGAAGAGUAUCCACAUAAUCUCAUGCCGACGCCCGGCUAUUGGAUUGAGUGUUCACGCCAGAAGAUCACACUACCCACACCGCAUACCAUUUGGGAUGAGAGCGAUUCAGAGCACGAAGACGUGCGAGCGGGCAGUUCUAGCGAUGCAUACCUCGAAAGAGAAUGCAGUGAUCUGUACGAGGACGAUGAGGACUCUGAAGCGACGCCAAGUCCUAGGAAAAAGACAACCAUCGAGGAACAAUGGGAUCAACAGGGUGCAUUCGAGCUCAUCUCCGUCGAACAGGAGACAUACGAGAAAUAUUUUUACGGCACCGAACAUUGGAAUUAUUUUACCAGCGACGAGGAUCUCGGCCCAGUCAUACUCUCUAUCAAGCAGGAGACCUUGAAUGGACGUGAUCAAUUUCGUAUAUUGGUACGCGCCGGCUCGUAUACGGUGCACGGACUGAUACCGGCUUCGUGUGUAUUCGCCGAUAGAUAUAACCGCGAAGAAGUAGUUAGGUCGUUAGGCAAGGAAGUGAAUUUAAAUCCACCAUUAACAUUAGGACAAUUACCCGAUACGCCUGAGGAGCUACUCAAAUUAGAUCAGGUUUUUAUAAAAUCGGAACUGAAAGUUGGCGUUAUCUAUGUGAAAGAAGAUCAAUAUUCGGAGGAGCAAAUUUUAGACAAUAACGAAAAUUCCAUACUCUUCGAUGAAUUCCUAACGCUACUCGGCGAUCGUGUGCGUUUACGUGGUUUCGACAAAUACAAAGGUGGCCUUGAUACGGUGCAUGAUCUGACAGGUCUCUAUUCGGUUUACACCAAUUGGCGUAACAUUGAGAUUAUGUUUCAUGUAUCCACUCUCUUACCCUACGAGAAGCAUGACCCGCAAAAGCUACAACGCAAACGACAUAUAGGCAAUGAUAUAGUCUGUGUUGUUUUCCUAGAAGCGGAUAAUACGCGCUUUAGUCCUGCCUGCAUAAAAUCUCAUUUCCUACAUACGUUUAUACUGGUGCGAGUCUCGGCUCGAAUUAAACACAAACCGACGCGCUAUGAGGUUUCGGUGGUGACGCGCGAUGAAGUCGGCGCCUACAAACCGUAUCUCUGGGAGCAGUCCGUGUUCGAGAAGGGGCCAAUGUUUCGCGAAUGGCUACUCACGAAAAUUGUCAACGGCGAGCGCGCUUCGUAUUCGGCACCGAAAUUUGCCCGCAUGCAAGAACGUACACGCUCACAAAUGCUUGAGGAUUUGGUGAUGAAUUUAUCGAAUCACGCGGAAACCGGACAGAUACCGAAACCGUACCGUAGGGGCUCGUGGCGACCCAUCGGUCACAUGCGUCCCUCAUCGCCACUACUCGACUCGGUACGCGAUCAAUUCGAGGACUACGAUCAGUUGGCGAAGGACUUUACGCGUGUAUUCCUAAACGAAGAACCAUCGUGCCUGCAACAUGCGCACCUCUUCGAUGUCGUCUUCUUAGUGGGACAAUCGAAGCAGAAGGCGCGUUUCAUAGGCGUACGCGCGAUAUUGGGCGUGCGCAGUCGCGUAUUUCAGGAAAUGCUAUACGGCAUUCAGACCGGCUUCGGUUCACCGCAGAUUCCUGUCGCUGAGAUUUUUGCGCGUCCAGCACCAUCACUGGUUUCACCACAAAACCAAAAGCCCAAAAGCAACAACUAUCUCACCGUGCCCGAUUCCGAUUCGAUACGACCAAAGAGUGUACCCUCUUCGCCGAUGGUGAAACGCGCCUUUAGCCGCUUGGGCACAAUCACCGCCGGUUGGGGUCGCUCGAUACGGAACAAAAAUACGAAUCAACUGAAUCCUGAGGACAAAAAGAAAUGGAUAUCUUCAACGGAUUGUUCCAAUCGUGACAGCAAAGACAAAGACAAGGACAAACCGGGUAAUAAUCAACUUGCGGUGCCGCGACUCUCCGUGUGCGCUGACGCUCAGAAGGUGGAUCGCGCGAAGCUGGCACAGACUGAAUUCAACAUUAUCGAGUUCGAUCCGGACACGUUUCGGGUGCUACUGGACUAUCUGCAUACCGGCACUUGUCCGCUGACAUGUGUCUCCAUACCAGGUCUGCUCUGCGCUGCCGAACACUACGAUCUACCAGAGCUUCUGCAGGCUUGCUUCCAUCAUUGCAAACAGUUCCUGCGCAUCGAGGUUGUCUGCCCGAUGCUGAUUUCGCUGGAGAACUACUACUGGCGCUACACGUCCGCCUCCGAGCUGGUCAACAUGAUACUCUCCUUUGUGGAGAACAAAGCGCAUGCGCUUUUCAAAUGUCCCGAGUUCCUCAAUCUCUCCGAAUCGAUGGUACAGAUGAUAAUGAAUCGAGAGCUGCAAACGCCCGAGAUACGAAAAUUCGAGGCGAUGCUUAUGUGGGCAAAGAAUAAGGUGGCGAAAAUGAAGAAUCACCCGAAUAAGGACACACAAUUUGAGUUCGAAUGUAUUAUGGAACGAUUGACGCGCGAUCUCAAUUUGUGUCGCAUAUCGCCCAGUGAGCUGUUGACGGUGGUGCUGCCUUCGAAAGCACUGAAGAAUGAGCGCAUCAUGGAGACUCUCAUGAUGCAAGUCAAUCUGGGCACUUAUCGCAUGCAGGAGUUGGACGAGUACCGACAGCAGUUGCGCAGCCAAGAAUCAGCUGAGGCGACGGUACAAGUACAUCGGGGGAGCGACGACGACCGUGACGGUGAUGGUGAUGAUGAGGACGAGGAAGGAUUGGGCGCACGCGCGAUAGCGAUAUCCGUGCGCGGGGUGUCCACAGAAACAUACGAUGCCCUAGACAACGAGGUGGAGAUGUACGCCAGUUUCGAGGUGGCGCCGAGCACGAGUCGUGUUGCUGCACAAAUGCAGAAAGUGCGCCGCAAGCGAUGGGCGGCCGAUGGCGCCUCGGGCAGCAGCGACGGGGGCGGUAGCAGUAGCGGCCCCAGGCAUUAAGUGCAGCGGGAGAAAAUUUUGCGAUGGUGUGGUAUAUUGGCCAUAGAGAUGGGCGUGGAGAAUUGGUGGGCGGGUGUGGCCUUUAUUUCAUAGACUCUUUAAACUUUAAUUCGAAAAUUUGAUAGUUUUAGGCAUUUUUGCUCAAGUGUUUCAUUUCUCAAUUUGUUUCAAGGUAACUCGAGUUUAUUAAAAACUUCUACUAUUCUUACAAUCUUUGACGUGAUAUUGAAAUACGCAAAAUUUUGGAAUUUAAGCAAAAAAAAACGAAAUAUGAUUUCCAAAGCGUUCCACUGCCAUGAUUUGUUAUAUUUUAAAAAUUUAAAUUUCAG